UGAGGACGUGGAGACCCCACACCUCCUCAUCGGAGAAGAUUGUGGCAAGGAGAGCUCAGACGCACAGGCAGCCAGGGACCACGUCCCACCUUCCACCAUGGAGCUGAAUCAGACAUCCCCACCUCCCACAUCUCCCGUGACGGACACCGAAGAAGACAACCAGUGCUGGAUAGAUGUCACCGACAUGGCCAUAGAUGGUGUCACCCUGCUCAUUGGCCUCUGUGGGCUGGUGGGGAAUGGGGCUGUCCUCUGGCUCCUCGGCUUCCACAUCCGCAGGAACCCCAGCACCGUCUACAUCCUCAACCUGGCUGUAGCUGAUUUCACCUUCCUCCUCUUCGUCGUCACCUCAUCCCUCCUCUACAUGGUGGACAAUGCCUCCUGCUCCGGUGUCGUGUCCCUGAGGUACCUGAGGUCGUUCUUCCUGCUGUCACUGUUCUCCCACAACAUGGGCCUGUUCCUGCUCACGGCCAUCAGCGUGGAGAGGUGCGUGGGCGUCCUCUGGCCCUUCUGGUGCCGGUGCCACCGCCCGAGGCUCCUGUCCCCCGUGGUGUGCAGCCUGCUGUGGGCGCUUGCCUGCGUGCUGGCUGGGCUGGUGUACUUCGUGUGUGACCUGGGGCACUCCAAGCACUGCUGGGUGGUUCUGGGAAUGUUGUGCUUCCUCAGUUUCUGCGUUUUGACUCCUCUUAUGGUUGUUUCCAACGUGAUCAUCUUCAUCAAGCUCAGGCGGAGCUCUUGGCAGCACCACUCACUGAGGCUCUAUGCCGUCAUCUUCCUCACUGUGUUCUUCUUCCUCCUUUUUGGUGUCCCACUCAGCAUCCAGAUCUUCCUCAACUUCUUUGUCUACAUUAACCUUGUCUUUGAGAUCUGCCUGUUGCUGGCCUCUGUCAACAGCAGCAUCAACCCCAUUAUUUAUGUCCUGGUUGGGAGCUAUGGGAAGCCCAGGCUCAGGGGAUCUGUCAAAGUGGCUCUACAGAGGGUCUUUGAAGACAGGGCUGAUUCCCAAGAGGUGGGUGAGACUCCUGUGGUGGGAACUGCUGCCUAAAUCCCUGUGGGUGCCAACUGGCACUAGAAGAGAGGCAGCCCUACCUCUGCACAGUGGGAGCAGAGCCUUUGCCUGUCUGGAUGAGUUGUGCAUCCCCAGGACAAGGGGAUACUUGA